ACUAUGUUAUUGCAUUAAGAGAGGGUAUACUAGAAGCAUACAUUGGUAUUGUACAAGGUCUAAAAACUGGUGAAAAAGAAGGUGGAAGUAAUCGUAAUCUGCCUAAUGGAAUGAGAGAAGUCACUCGAUGGGCUAAAGAG